AUAUAAAUUCUUUAAUUUUCAGCUAACGGAUUUCUUUAUAUCGGUUGUGGAAGAUACAAUGGGUGAAAUGGCCCAAGGAGACGAUGCAAGUCUUCAGGCAAAAGUUACUCUCCUCACAAUGGAAUUGGAACGUAGUAAACAGGCAUACGAACAAGAAAUUGCCGAACUAAAACGUACUUCUGAUCUAAUGUUGUGUGAAAUGCGUAAAAGUAUGGAGAAUGAAAAGACACGUCUAGCCAUUGAAAUACGUAAACAAUGUGAAAUGGAACGUAAACGUUCGGUAGAGGAAACAAAGCGUAAGCAAUGGUGUGCUAAUUGUUUUAGAGAAGCAAAUUUCUAUUGUUGUUGGAACACUUCAUAUUGUGAUUAUCCUUGCCAGCAAUUACAUUGGUCGCGUCACUCACACACUUGUGCACAAACACGCGUUGGUCUGAAUGAAAGUAAUAGUAGUGCCAACAUUAAUACCACACCACCAGAGCGUCAUCAUCCCACUAAAACGAAUAGCACCAUAACAUUGAGUUCAUCGGCUAAUUUUAAUAAAUCAACACCAAUUACUCAAAAGAAAGAGAAGGGAAGUAGUGCUAAGAAUUCAGCAAAUCAUAUGAUGUCAUCAACAAUAUCAACAGUCACGCCAGUCUCUGCGUCACGUUCGAAUACCGAAGUAUUAAAACUACCAACAAAUACAUAUUUAAGACCGGUAACUAGUAAUCUAAAUAAUCAAACAAUGCGUUGUAAUACAACAUACAGUAUACCAGUUCAACGAUUUAGUGCACCGGUAAGUUUUAACAAAAAAAAAAAAAAAAAAAAAAAAAAUGUACACAGACAUUCCAUUGAAAGUAUAAGUAACAAUACAUAAUAAUAGUAUUUCAAC